CUGCAUUUUUGCUAGCAGCAGUCUCUGUUAAGUCCUUGAGGAUGAAGUCCCUGGCCCUGUUUUUCCUGCUGUUGGGGGUUGCUGCCUGUGCUGAUGUCUCCCCCCGAGCUGUGUGGGAGUUUCGCAGCAUGAUCAAAUGCACCAUCCCAGCCAGCCAUCCCCUGUGGGACUACGGGGACUACGGCUGUUACUGUGGCUUGGGAGGCAGUGGGACUCCGGUGGAUGAGCUGGACAGGUGUUGUCAAGUACAUGAUGCAUGCUACUCAAAGGCAACUAAACUAGACUCAUGCAAGUUCUUACUGGACAACCCCUACACAGAGAUGUACAAAUACAGCUGCUCCAAAGGGGAGAUUACAUGUCACACCAAAAACAACGAGUGCGAGAUGUUCAUCUGCAACUGCGACCGUGCCGCUGCCAUGUGCUUCGCCAAGGCGUCCUACGAUCCCGCGCACAGGAACCUGGACACCGCUAAACACUGCAAAUAGUCCCUUCGCCCGUCCGGGCCGGCCUGUCACUAAUAAUAAAGUCUUGUAACCACCCAG